CACGUGCAAAUUUGGCUCGGCUCACCAUCGCGACUACCAGACCCACCGACCAACCAACUCGCCGAGUCGGCAUCGGCAGAUGGGAGCGCCGAGCGCCGUAUUCGUACACUCGUGCAACAAGUGAGGGGCGGUGUUCCUCCCAGCGGUGCAAGUGGCGGCCUUUUGAGUCUUCCGAAACCACCAGUUCGUUGUAGCCAUGGCGUCAGUAGAUGUAAAUUUCAUUUCAAAUUUGCCACCCGGUCCCCUCGAUGCCUACAGGAAACGAGCCACAUUCGACUGGAAACAAAUGAAGCUGUUCUUCGAAGAUGCAGAAUUGUUGAAAGUUAAGAUGCAGCUGUGGCAGUGCUUAGAAAACGACCCGAUUUUCGAAAGAUCGCUGGUCGUGCAACCCACCGAAGACAUGAAGCGAAUCACGGCCCUCCAGCUGCACAAUUUCCGUCGGUACAAAAUUUUGACACCAAAAAUGGCCAAGUUACCUUACAAGAAGAAGACUCGCCUUUUGAUGACUAUUAACGAGGCGUUGGCCGUGACCUUCCCCGACGUGUCUGUAAAGCACGCCCUCGGUGUAGACCUUUUCAAAAACACGUUGACGACAUUAGGGACUGAAAGACACCAGCACAUUUUGGACGCCGCUUGGAACGGGACAGCGCUGUCGUGCCUGGCCCUCACGGAAGUCGCGCACGGUAGCAACACGAAGAAGAUGCGCACCACGUCCACCUACGACAAGAAUACUCAAGAGUUCGUAAUAAACACGCCGGAUUUCCAAGCCGCCAAGUGCUGGGUGGGCAAUUUGGGUAAAUCUUGUACGUUAGCGCUGCUUUUUGCUCAACUGUACACCAACGAACAGUGUUAUGGUUUGCACGCCUUCGUCGUGCCGAUAAGAGACCCAGUGACGCUUUUGCCCUACCCGGGGGUCACUAUAGGGGAUAUGGGGGAGAAAAUCGGGCUGCAUGGCAUCGACAAUGGGUUUAUAAUGUUCAAGGAUUAUAGAAUACCGAGGGAAAACCUUCUGAAUCGUACCGCGGAUGUGACGCCGGAGGGAGAGUACAAGAGCAGUUUUUCCGAGCCGGGGAAAAUUCUGGCAGCCGCUUUGGAAAAUUUGUCCGCGGGGCGCGUUGGGAUUAUGCAAGAAAGUUCCAAUAAUCUGAUUUGUGCGGUCACGAUAGCCGUGAGGUACGCGGCGCUCCGGAAGCAAUUUAAUUGCAAACCGGAUGACGAUAACGAGACUCCCAUCAUCGAAUACCAGCUUCACCAAUGGCGCUUAUUCCCGUACGUGUCCGCAGCAGCCGUAUUCAAAAUUUUCAUUUCGGCCUUCACCAACGAAUACCUGUCCAUCGUCGAACGCUCCACAGCGGCCACCAAAAUCGAGGACUUUACCGCCGUAGUCUCUGAGGUACACGCCAUUGUGUCGAGCUCCAAGCCCCUCAUGACGUGGACUUGCCGAGACGCCGUCCAGGAAUGCCGAGAAGCCUGCGGCGGACACGGCUUCCUCAAAUCGGCGCGAUUCGGAGACAUACGGGGGGCCGUAGACCCCACUGUCACCUACGAAGGGGACAAUAACGUCUUGGGGCAACAAGCGAGCAAUUGGUUGCUGCGCCAGUGGGAGAAAGUGCGCCAUAGUGAGGAAGAUCCGUGUUCUCCUUUAGGGACUUGCACGUUCCUGAAGGGGUACGAAGAGAUACUUGGAAGGACGUUCGUGGGGACGGUGGUUCAAGACGUGCUUAGCUUAAGUUUUAUCCAUACGUGCUAUGAGUGGCUGAUUACCUACAUAGUUCAAGAAACGUACAACAAACAACAAUCGUUGGUCAGUACGGGGAAAUGUAGAACCGAGGCGCGGAACGAAUCUCAGGUGUAUUGGGCUUCGGUACUGACACGAAUUUACGGCGAAUACAACGCCUUCAAGUUCUACUGUAGCCAGUUGGCGACGACGCAAGGGUCAAUGCACACUGUACUUGAACAAUUAGGGAUUCUAUACGGCGUUUCCAACCUAGAAAAGCAUUGUUCGUAUUUCUACCAAGGGCGAUUUGCCCGAACGCCCGAAUUUUCGUUGUUACUUAAAGAAGGAGUGUUGCGAGCUUGUGCGGGGCUCAAAGACAACGUCGUGGCCAUAGUCGACGCUCUGGCGCCCCCAGACUACGUAAUAAAUUCGGUUCUGGGAAAAACCGACGGGAAGCUAUACGAGAAUCUACAAGCUACGUUUUUACAAAACCCCAAAGCGCUGACUCGGCCGGAGUGGUGGCAAGAAAUCGUGGUACCUGGGGCGCCUGACUUCAAAAAACCAAAGUGUAAAUUAUAAGAGCUUACUUAUAAAUGCGGAACGGGUGUUUAAAAAAUACUUACAAGAAAUGGGUAUAUACAGAUGAAAUUUAUUGUAUAAAAUUAUUUUUAUAUUCAUUUAGGUACAAAUGAUUAUCGAUUUUUAAAUAAAGUUACACAACUUGUUGAACAUUAA